AUGUUUCUUACUGUGACCAGUCGCAAUGUAUUACUUCCUGAUUUUGAUCUGCCACGACCUGCGACGAUCAAUGUUGACCUCAGGACUGGCAAAAUAAUCGAAGUCCGCUUGGAGUACAUUGGCGAUGAAGCGUGUAAGAAAAGCGGGGAUCUACAUUUCGUUGAUGCUGGAGACAAAGUUGUUCUUCCUGGGCUGGUCGAUGCCCAUGUUCAUCUAGAGGAACCCGGAAACCAGGACUGGGAAGGCUUUCGGACCGGUACACAAGCCGCAGCUGCUGGAGGCGUCACCGCUCUAAUCGAUAUGCCCGUCGAUUCAAAUGUUGGAUUUUGGGGAGGAGCGAUUCCUCAGAAUCAAGCCGAGUUAGGACCCCUCUUAUCCGCUGGCGUCAGAGGCUUCAAGUGCUUUUUGAUCGAUACAGGCAUCGAGGAAUUCCCUUGCGUCUCUGAGAGUGACCUUCAUACGCACAUGUCCCACCUCCAACACUUUUCAAAGAAUUCUGUCAUGAUUUUCCACGCUGAAAUGCAGACCGCAUCUUCACCAGCCCAGCACCGGCUUAAUCCAAGGUCAUACCAGGAAUUCCUCUCUUCGCGUCCUAAGGAGCUUGAGGUGGACGCUAUCACUUUCAUUACUCGCCUCCAAGCAAUGUACCCCUCAGUUUCCUGCCACAUCGCCCAUCUAUCGGCUGCAGCCGCCUUGCCCAUCAUCCGUGCCGCCAAGGACCGCGGAUCCAAGCUUUCCGUUGAAACCUGUUUUCACUAUCUAUGUUUAUCAGCAGAGGAUAUCCCAGAUGGUGCAACCGAGUACAAAUGCACCCCUCCAAUUCGCGAGGACUCCAAUAGAAAUCUUCUCUGGGACGCCCUCGUGGAUGGUACCAUUGAUUGUGUAACCUCCGACCACAGCCCUUGUCUCAUUGAGAUGAAGGGGCUUGAACACGGCGAUUUCAUGGAAGCCUGGGGUGGUGUCAGUUCUCUAGGCCUUGGAUUAAGCCUUCUAUGGACGGACGGAAGGAAGAGAGGCAUCUCGCUUGGACAGAUUAUCCGUUGGAUGAGCAUUGAAAAUGCUGAGUUAGCAGGACUGUCUGGUACGAAGGGCCAGCUGAAAGUGGGAUAUGAUGGCGACUUGGUGAUCUGGGAUCCGGAAUCAGAGUUUAAGGCGGACCUGAAACCGUUGGUGGCUGCUGGAGUCAAAGGAUUCAAGUGCUUUUUGAUUGAAAGCGGUGUCGAGGAAUUCCCUUCUGUCUCAGAACAUGAUCUCCAUGAACACAUGAAAGAGCUCCAGGAUCAAUCGACUGUCCUAUUAUUUCACGCAGAGCUUGAGGACGACUCUUGUUCAGUGCAAAAUCAUGAGGACCACGAUCCAACAGCAUAUCAAACUUUCCUCUCCUCUCGCCCUGAAGAGCUUGAGGUCAACGCUAUCUCUUUGAUUACUGCCUUACAAGAGAAAUACAACUCCCUUCGUUGCCACAUCGUCCACUUAUCUGCGGCUUCAGCUCUUCCCAUUAUUCGUGCUGCGCGUUCUCGUGGGUUGAAUCUGACGGUGGAAACGUGUUUCCAUUAUUUGUGCCUCUCAGCGAACGACAUACCACAUGGCCGACCUGAAUUUAAGUGCUGCCCGCCUAUUCGUUCCGAAUCAAACAGAGAUGCAUUAUGGGAGGCAUUGAUAGACGGCACCAUCGACUGUGUGGUAUCCGAUCAUAGUCCAUGUGUAGCAGAGUUGAAGAAGUUCGAGGAAGGUGAUAUCAUGACCGCCUGGGGAGGUAUAAACAGCCUCGGCUUUGGCCUUAGCCUUCUAUGGACAGAAGGCCAAAAGAGGGGCAUUAGCCUCGGUCAGAUUAUUCGCUGGACAAGCGAAGAAACCGCGAAACAUGCCGGGCUUUCAUCAUCCAAAGGGCGGUUAUCAGUAGGGCAUGAUGGCGACCUCGUUAUCUGGGACCCUGCAGCCGAGCUCAAGGUGUCAAAGGAACACUUCCACUUCAAGAACAAAUUCUCUGCAUACGAAAGGAUGGUGCUAAAUGGAGUUGUGCAGCAAACAGUUUUACGUGGCCGCGUGACCUACGAUAGGACGCAGAACGGCUUUGAUGGCCUUACGCCCACCGGCAAGCUCUUAUGA